AUGAAAAAAGCACAAGCUAAGGUGAGAAAAGUGUAUGGUAAGAAGGGAUAUGUGGAUGAGACAGAUUCACAGAUACUGAUAUACUUGAAGUCCAUAAUCAAAGAAACAUUGAGGUUACACCCACCUAUACCAUUAUUAGUUCCGAGAGAAAGUAGAGAAAUGUGUGAAAUCAAUGGAUAUGAGAUACCCUCUAAGACAAGGGUAAUUAUCAAUGCUUGGGCAAUUGGAAGAAAUCUUGAGUAUUGGACUGAAGCUGAGAGUUUCAAACCUGAAAGGUUUCAUAAUAACUGUAUUGAUUUCAAAGGUGCAGACUUUGAAUUUAUCCCAUUUAGUGGUGGAAGAAGAAUCUGCCCAGGCAUUACAUUUGCCAUCGCAAAUAUUGAGUUUCCACUUGCUCAAUUACUUUACCAUUUUGAUUGGAAGCUUCCCAACAAUUUGAAAAUGAAGAACUUGACAUGA